AAGCUAUAGGAAACAGAAAUGGCCUUUAGUGAAAUUUGUAGAAUUUGUUUAAGCGUUAAUGUACGCAUGUUUGUUCUAAAAAAGAGUGGUAUCCAUUUGUACAAAACAUUAACGAACCGUUUUGUAAGUUUGUUUAUAUUUCUUUACAUUGGAAAUUGACGUUGCCGUAAUUUGUUGUUAUCGCCGAAGAAAUACAACUUUCCUUAUAUAAAAUGCGAUAGAUUGGGGCUAGGCUGGGGUGCAGCGUUAAAUAUAGUGACAAAUAUAAUCAGCCAGACUAUUUACAAUGCCUCGGAAAGAUUUCUUUCGGAAGCGGGAAGGUUUCGUUAGUCUAUUAUUCGAUCCGAAUGUCACAGACUUCUCUCGUUUAGGAUUCGACAUGGAAAGUUUAUCGAAUGGAGUGCAAUGGAUGAGGAUGAGAAGCCCAUAAUUGUCUGUUUCACCUGUCAUGCAAGACUCAUUCGUUGCAGAAGAUUACAACAACAGGCUAUUGAGUCAAAUGCAGUUCUGGAGCAGUUGCUUGCAGGAGGGUCCAUGGUAUUAUCCUUUCCAUGCAUUAAAACCUAUUAAAGUCCACUGCUGAUGUCUAUCUAUCCCUCAUAGAUUGCUUCAUAGGAGGGAUUUUGCCAAAUUUGCCAUGCAGGUUGGCAACCGCAGUUUUUAUUGGUCUGAUUUUUUAUCAGGAAACUGCUGCCCAACUCCUGUUUCUGUUUCCUUCGGUCGCCUCUUACGACACCCAUCCCGUAGGUAUAUAGGGAAGCGGAUAAGAUAUUCUUACACCGCCACUACAUGGUCUACAAUACAUAGGCUGCACUAAAAGUAUCGGGAAUGGAAUAUUUCCACUGUUCCUGUCAUAUUAAAACCUUUUUAAUUGAAAAGUCCUUGGUUUUAAAAAUCGAAUACCAUUUAUUUAUUUAAAAAAAGAUUCUCGGUCUUAACACAAGGUUUUGUCAAACUUGUAUAGUCGUUGAGCAAAUGGAAUUGACUCGAGAAAAUUCAAGAGCGAUGAUUUAUUAUGACUUUCAAUCCAACUUACUUUUUCGUUCUAGCAAUGUUCUAUAUUUUACGAAUUCUAGUAAAAUAAGUACUUAACUAAGUACUUAUUUUCACAAAAUAAUAAUCUAACUGUUUAUACUGAUAUAUACCCUAUUGUUAACGAAAUAUUAUCAAAUCUCCUAUGCCACCACUACACUGACUUUUUUCUCUUAUUUAAUAGAAUUUGGUUUCAGUCAAUACCAAGACCGCAUCAGGCUAGAGAUGAGAUUCAAUUCACACCAAUUUGUCAUAUAGAUAUCUGGCCAGCGGAGUGUGGUAUAGAAAAUGAUUGUAAGGACGAAAUUUUUAGCCUUGAUUCCUUUAAAGUUGAAGAAGAGAAUUUCGAAAAUCAGAAUACCAAAUUUGAAGAAAACGGGAAUCAUGAAACAGGUAAGAUGUAUAUUUUUUGGCACCGACGCUCUGGGAAGUCUAGUCUGUGAGCAUGUUCAAGAUCGUCCCCGCCAUUACAUCGGUUUUGAUAGAUCACAAAUACUCACAAAAGAACACCAAUUUCUAUCAAGGAUGAUACGCCAGGCUGUUAAUAUUAAAAACAUCCUAAUUUCAAUAGAGAAGAUGGAUGGGUGCUGCCACCUGCUUGGGAUUCUAUAAUUAACAAAAUUAAAUCCAAACCCAAGCAUACUACUGCAAAACUUCGAGAUGCUGUAAGUUCAUUCUGUGUAGAUCGAACCAAAAAUUAAUAUUCAAAACUGAAGGUAGCCGGGCUAACUGUGACAUCGGGAUGUCAAACAUCUCAGUCCCUCCCCAUGACCAUACGUUGCUGUAACAAUCACUGCUGCACACGAAACGCCCGGAAUUAAGAUAGAAAUUCAACGCGAUAAAAAUCCGUAAACAUAGUUUUAUUCAGUAUAUGCCGUCUUAAUCGUCAGAGGUGACAGCGCAUUGUAGCCUUUUGUGUUUGAAGUUAGCUGCAAGCAGUCCGUGGACUGCAGUACCCACUUACCAUCAGCUGGAGCGGCUACAUAUUGUAAGGUGAAGUGUCAAACAAACUAACAGUCCGUUAGUUUGUUUGACACUUCAUACUAAUAAAAAUUGAAAGAAUGAGCUCAAGGCAUCAAUUGCCACUUCAGCUUAUUACACUUAGCUUGUGAAACAUGUGGUAUGGUAAUGAAAGUGGGUGGCUCAGGCCAAUAAGCGGUGUGACGGACUGAUAUGAUCUAGUCCCUUGGAAAAAAUAUAUGUUUUAUAUUAUAUAUUGUGUCAGAAUUUGUUUCAUUCCAGAGACUGCUGAAGAAGCAAAAGCCUUGGAGAUUGAAGGUUUUGGAGAUAGAGAGAUGGAUUCGGAGAACGACUUGCCACUAAAUGCAUUUGGUUCAAAGAGUAAAGAGAUAUCUGAGACCGUAAUUUUAAAAAAGAAGUGCACAAAUAAUAAAAAAGAUGACGAUGACACAGAACAAUACCUCACACCGACAAACAACUUUUCAAAACUAUCUGAGAAAGGGAUUAAAUAAAAUUCUACUGAUAAUAAAAUAAACGAUGUUUGUAAAGGAAAUCUUAAAGUGCACGUCGCUAAACAAGUGUACUCUUGUAAUAAUUGUGAUUAUAAAUGUACAAUUAAAACCAAUUUUAUAUAUCAUACGAAAAGACAUACCGGAGAAAAACCUUUUUCGUGUAAUAACUGUGAAUAUAGAUGUAUUACAAAAGAUUGUUUGCAAAGGCAUAUAAAAAAACAUACCGGAGAAAAACCUUUUUCGUGUAAUAUCUGUGAAUAUAGAUGUAUAC